AAUCAACUCCACACACACUAGAAACAAACAAACAACCAAACCCCACUACGACAAAGUAAAGCUCUAGAACCCUUUGGAGUGAACGAACCAAUACCAACCCCUCCUUUUCUUUCAUCUGCUGGUCCACUGAUCAUGCCGUCUGGUGCGAAGAAGAGAAAGGCCUUGAAGAAGAAGAAGGAGCAAGAAGCUGUUGGAGACAGCACGGGCAACAAAGGCUUUAAUGGAAAUGAGGAACAUGGAAGCCAAAAUGAAGGAGAAAGUGAUGGUAAUUUGAGUUCCCCUGGUUCUCAAGGAAAUGGAGAGUCUUGGACAAGAGAUCCAUCACCUUCUCCGUUAUCUGGUAUGGGGAAGGACACUAUUAAAGAGAAAACAGAAGAUGCAGACUUUACUCAGGAAGACGUUAUUGCAGUUGGAAGAGGAACGGAUCACGAGCAGAAUGGUGUGGACAAAUCACCCAAUUCCUUUCCUGAAAAUGUUACUCACAAUUCCAGAAAAGCAGCUUCUCAAGAAUCUGGUGGUACUUCUUCAAAUUUGGAAAUUGCUCCUGCUGUUGAUUAUGUCAAGCCUGUGGAUUCUUCUGUCUCAAAGGCUGUGGUUUCUGACAAAAAUGAGCAAGUUGAGAGCUCGACAGACUCGGUUUCUGUCAAACAAAAGUAUGAUGAAAAGGAAGAGAGGCCUAGACUAACAGAAGCAAAGGAGGGUAACAGUCCAGGAUCUUCUGCGGAAACAAGCAAAGAAAUCAAGAGAGUGAAAGAAUCUGAAGUGCCAGAAUGUUCUGAAGAAAAGAGUCUUUUGCCGUCUGGUCCACCAGUUGUUCGAACCUCGUGGUUGAGUUGCUGCGGUUUGUUUGAUGUGAUGGCAGGAUCUGAAAGAUAAAUACAGAACAGGAGAAGGAUAAAUUCAACAAACAGUGGACAGCAGAAGCCAGUUGAUUCUUCUCUGUACACAACCAUUUAUGUCUUUGCUAGAUAAUAAUGCGACCCUUUUUAGCAAUAUACGAACAAGAACAAAAAAUGUCUUCUGUUCAUGUCAAUGAAUUAUAGAUUCA